GAAUUUCUCAAAUUGCUGUAGCAAGCCACGCCUCCUGCUGUGCAGUUGGAUAAUGUUCUCUGUCUGAGGUGGAGCCUUUUAAAUUCUCUCAUUUACAGAGUGACAGGAAAAAGAGCUAGAGUGUUCCUAGACGCAGGUUAGCGUGACUAGCAUUAUGACUGAUGGGGACUAUGAUUACCUGAUCAAGCUUCUGGCUCUCGGGGACAGUGGCGUUGGCAAGACCACCUUUCUCUAUCAAUACACAGAGAAGAAAUUCAACCCCAAGUUUGUCACCACAGUGGGAAUUGACUUCCGGGAAAAGAGACUGGUGCACCAUGUUGGAAGCUCGAAUGGAAAAACAGGGAACCCCUUUAGAAUCCAUCUACAGCUCUGGGACACAGCUGGACAGGAAAGAUUUCGAAGCCUCACCACAGCCUUCUUCAGAGACGCCAUGGGAUUUUUAUUGGUCUUUGAUCUAACGAGUCAGCAGAGUUUCCUCAAUGUGAGAAACUGGAUAAGCCAGCUUCAAGCAAAUGCAUAUUGUGAGAAUCCAGAUGUAGUUUUAAUUGGGAACAAAGCUGAUUUAUCAGAUCAGAGGGAAGUGGAGGAGAAGCAAGCAAAAGAGCUCGCAGAUAAAUAUGGAAUUCCAUACUUUGAAACUAGUGCUGCCACUGGAGACGGGAUUGAUAACUCUGUACUGGCGUUGCUGGACUUAAUAAUGAAACGCAUGGAGGAGAGUGUUGACAAGAGUCAAAUACCCGAUUCAGUCAAUGGAAAUGCUGGCCAAAAACUUGAUGUUGCCGAUCCAAAUGAGAAGAAGUGUGCCUGCUAGAGACCAGCGCCGUCCCACCUAAAGAAGUUUUGCAUGCGUGAAUGGUUCUACAGAAAGUUUAUUUUCCUAUCUCAUCGGGGUUUUUUUACACUUAUGCUGCCCAUCUUCACUAUAACUAGGAGAAAUAGUUGUAGAUACCACUGUUUAGGUAUUGUAGAAGUUGUCUCCAAGGUAUUUUAGUGGGAAGAUUUCAUCCGUGAAUGUAUACCUCAGCACACAAAAUUAUCCAACACAGUCAUAUAUGAAUGCCACUAAAAAUGCUUCCUGCCAAAAUGCUGAUGUUGCCAAAUAAAUCAUAUGUUGAUUCCUCUGAUAGAUCAAAGGUGAUAAGAAGGCUGUCACGUUGCAAAAUGUCACAGCAAACUCACCUGCAAAAUAAAUUACACUUCAAUCAAAGGUCAGAGGAUAUAUCCAUGAAUGCAAUCUUAAUUGAACAAUGAGCUCUCCUUAUGUAGAUUUGUCUUGUUACUUUCAGGUAUAUCAGGUUCUUUUGAGGUGUAAUCAAUGUUUUUGUUCCCCAAAUUUCCAACUAAUAAAAAGCUUUGAGCUCCAUCCAACCCUUCAUAGAAACAUAGAAAAUAGGUGCAGGAGUAGGUCAUUCGGCCCUUCGAGCCUGCACCGCCAUUCAACAUGAUCAUGGCUGAUCAUCCAACUCAGUAUCCCGUACCUGCCUUCUCCCCAUACCCCCUGAUAUCUUUAGCCACAAGAGCCACAUCUAACUCCCUCUUUAAUAUAGCCAAUGAACUGGCCUCAACUACCCUCUGUGGCAGAGAAUUCCACAGAUUCACCACUCUCUGUGUUGAGGAGGUUGGAACUUUGAUUGGAGCCUGCUCUACAUCUUUCUACUCCAGUGAUCAGAUGAUACGUAUUACAAUGGUGAUAAAAAAUGACCAUUCCACGUGGUAUUAAUUAGCGGUGAGACAUCCAAACAAAUAAAACUCCAACAUUCAGUGAUAGAUGUUGCAUUCUCAAUUAUACAUCUGGCUGCUUGCCUGCAUUGAGUAUUGACCACUUUUUAGAAAUUGAAAAUCAUGUGGCUCCUCAUGCAAUGUAAUUUGGAUCUUCUGAGUAAUUCUUACAUAACUGAUGUUACCCAUACGAAAAACAAGAAAUUCUGGAAAUGCUCAGUGAGUCAGGCAGUAUCUAUGAAGAGAAAUAGGUUAAUAUUUCAUUUUGAGGAUUCAUCAUUAACUAUUUAUUUUCAAUAGAUCCUGCCUGACCUGCAGGGUUUUUUCAGUAUUUUCAGCUUUUUCUAUUUCAGAUUUCUAUCAUCUGCUUUGUUUUCAUUGAUUGCCAUUCAUACAGGAGAGAGUAAUUUAGGAUUUCUGUCUUUUCAGUUAGUUUAUUGGGUAAAACAUAGAAACAUAGAAAACAGGUGCAGGAGUAGGCCAUUUGACCCUUUGAGCCAACAACCCCAUUCGACAUGAUCAUGACUGAUCAUCCAAAAUGAGUGCCCCGUUCCUGUUUUCUUCCCAUAUCCCUUGAUUCUGUUAGCCCUAAGAGCUAUAUCUAACUCUCUCUUGAAAACAUCCAAUGAAUUGGCCUCCACUGCCUUCUGUGGCAGAGAAUUCCGCAGAUUCACAACUCUCUGGGUGAAAAUCCAUCACUGUUCUGGACAGUCAAAGCCACUUAGCUAGAAAUAUCAAACUUUGUAGAGACAUCCACAUUAUCUGAAGCCACUUGUUUAAUAAAUUAUAUGAGCAAUCCUGUAUAACCCUAAUAAAUGCAGCCAAAUAAUGACAAAUUUUCAAUACCUCGCAUGAGCCUAUAUAAAUAUUCUGAAGAAUGGCCCUUUGAGUAAUGAUUUGCUUACAUGGAUAUCAAACAUGGAUGUGAACAAGGAGAGUGUAAUUUUGGCACAAAAUGCCUAAGUAGCUCAGCGGGUAAGGCAGCAUCUGUGAAGAAAAAGGAAUAGGUGACAUCACCUACUACUUUUCUCCAGAGAUACUGCCUGAAUGGCUGAGUUACUUCAGCAUUUUGUGUCUACCUUUGGUUUAAACAAGCAUCUGCAGUUCCUUCCUGCACACGAGAGUGUAAUUUACUCAGUUACAAAUCCCUUUUCAGCAGAUCAGCAACAGAGUUUAUCCUGAUUCACCAGUAUUGAUUCCAUCUUCCUACGCCUGAAAUCCUGCUCCACCUUGUCUGCCUCGCCGUUAACUGAACUUUGUUCCCAAGACAAAUGAUGACCAUGUAGUGGAAAAGCAAUAACUGCAGAUGCUGGAAAUCUGAAAUU